AUGCGAGCGGCGGCGGCAUUGCAGCCCCGGGGCCGUAGUGCGUGGUGGGAGAUGGCGGACGCGCGCCACCAAGCAGCAGGCUGGCCGCUGGCGGAGCCAGAGGAGCACGACGACGGCGACGCGGCGGCCGGCGUCUUGUCCGGCGAGUACCAGGCUCUCGAGACGUCCACGUUGGUGUCGGCGCUGGCCCACGUCGUCUCCGGCGGCGGCGACGGGUAUUACACGCCGUGGGCCGGCGGCGCCCGGGGCAAUAAUAACCCCCCUGCGGCAAUGGCGGCGCCGGCUGCUGGCACCGCCCACGGCUACGGCUACUCGGCUGCUGCCGCACCGACACCGGCUCACUUCGUCGAAGCAGGUUAG